ACCAAGCUGGGGGAAGACAAGGAGAGUCAGAACAUGGAGGCUGCUGUAGACGAGGAUGAUGGGACAUUCACUAACAUCUCUCUGGCAGACGACAAAGAGGACCGUGAAUCUGCAGUCCUGUAUACUAAACAGGAGAACGAGCUUUCCAUCAUGAACUGCGACAUAGAUGGAGACAUGGAGAACCAGGUGGAGAUGGAGGAGAAGACGAGGUUAAUAAACCAGGUUUUGGAGCUUCAGCACACACUGGAAGACCUGUCGGCACGAGUCGACGCAGUCAAGGAGGAAAACUUGAAGUUGAAGUCUGAGAACCAGGUCCUCGGUCAGUACAUCGAGAACCUCAUGUCGGCCUCCAGCGUCUUCCAGACAACCGACACUAAGAGCAAACGGAAGUGAGCUGUGAGCCGAUUUAAAAACCUGAGGUCCCAGGUCAGCGGCUGGGAGAGGAAACCCACCGAGAAGACAUGGAGAGGGGUUUGUUUCCUCAGCGGACCUGACUGUUUCCUGUAAACUCUCUUACCUGAGUCCAAACUAACAAUUUAAUCAUUCAAAACAUUAACUGACUUUAUCGCCUGUCCAGUUGGCUCAGAAAUUGAUAAAUAUCAUGUUUGUGUGGCCCAGGUCUUUUUGGCAGACAAGGUAGUUUUUAAGUGUUUUAAAGUGUUUAAGGAUCAUUCGUACCAUGAGUUUCUUCUUCGUCUGUAAAACAAUUCUUAGAUUUGUUUCGCCUGCUUGGUUUUCAAUUUGAGGACAACUCUGACAUUUCUGUGGUUCUCAGUGUUCUCGUCCCGUCUGAUCUGUAGGUUGGCUUAAACAAACCUUAAAUAUUACAAAUAACAGUUUGACCACCAACCUCACCUUUAACACUGAUUUAUUUAAUUUAUUAUUGUACAGUAUUUUCUACGUCAGCUGGAACUGAGUUCGUAGUAGCUCUCAGAUGUCAUGGUGUCUGUGUAAAGCAUGACCGUAUUCCUCCACUUAAAAAGCUGAAAAACUGGACAGUGUUACUGAAAAUGAAAAAAAUAACAUAUGGCAUGUGUGAGUAAUACAACUCUGCAAUGGUUUUAACGGUUUAGCGUAUCUAAUGAAAUUGCAUUAAAACAAUAGUCAUUGAAAUGAACUUAACAAUAGUAUGUGGAUUCAACUGUACAUACACGGAGAGCUCUGCAUCAGUGAAAGUUAAAGCACACAGAAACUAACAAGCUUCUUAAAGGUGUAAAGCUUAACUAACAUCAGUGAUGAUUUUUAUUGUGAGUGAUGGAGUUUGGAAUCAACAUGACACUGUUAAGACCUGGUGUUAAUAUCAGUCCUGAGAUCGGAUCGCACCUGGAAUUAAGAUGCGUCCUUAAUGUGUCCUGUGUCCACUUGUAAUCUAAUCUCACUUCCCUGCUCGAGACACAAAUAAUCAUGCAUGUUGUGCUCAUGAAGACGAAAUAAUGUAGUUUUAACCCCACAGAUGUGUCUGAUGUCAGUUGGUAUACAAGUUGAGUGCGUCAUCAUACACUAAAUAACAUAAUUUUACAAUAAGCUCUAAUACAGACAUUUUUAUGAUUAACGUUCAUACGUUUUAAAGUAUUUAAAUAUGCCCGUCGCACCUGAUCCUUUAUUUGCCCUUCGUUACUAUGCAGACAUUGGUAAGAGGCGUCACUGUGUUGUUUAAAUGCGCUAAACACAUAAAUUAAACACAUUUAGUUUUACAGCAUCCAUGUUUUAACACCUUCUGACUUGGAAACACAUCAAAGUCUGGACAACUACGCAACAACUCAUAAAAUGGGACCUUCUGAUAAAAAAAGAAAUCACUGUGGUCAACGUAUGGGCACUGAGAACAAGAAAAACAGUUAGUAAAACCAGGUCAGACGAAGUUCAGCUUAGUAGGCAAUGCUUCAUUUGUGGUCCAGGAUGCAUUUGUGCAGACACAAGAAUGUGGUCUCAGUCCAUCUCUGAAUGUGAUCAGAUCUAAGGACACACUUGGCUACGUCCUCACUGAGGACGGAUGUUAACACCAGGUCUGAACAGGGUCCAUGACACAAGAUUUUCUGUCUGUGCUUCAAAGUAUUUGCCUUUAAAAUGAUCAAGUCAUACGUUCAUACGUGACUUUAAUGCAAGAUUAUUGGAGUCAGUGAUUAGGUCACAAAGACAAACCCUGCAUGUUAGUCUGUGUCCUUCUCCUGAAAAAGUGAUGGGGAGGAGGUGAUUAGAGACAAAAAGAAAAAAAGAAACAAGAUACUUUCUCCUUAUUAUCAAGAACAAGAGCAGUAGAGAGGCCUUGAGUGCUUAUUGAUCCACUAAGUCAGGUCUGGAAAACAUCACCUGCUAGAGGAUGGGUCUGACCGUAAAAUGUGAUAAUGUCCUGACUGUACAGCGGGAGGGUGUGUCCUCUGCUGCCUCAGUUAAAAAACAAAGGGAUAAGUGGUCGUCAGAGAUGAAGAAGAACAUUAUCUGAACAAGCUUUUUAUUUCCUUUAAACUUAAGUAUCCUGUAGAAUAACAUCUGGAGAUUAGUGAUUUGUGUGUAAACAUCCAGGGACUGAGGUGCUGUUUGAAAAGUGAUGUUAUAGGAGGCUUUAAACAAUGUAUAUGAUGUAAUCUAUUGAGGUUAUUUAGGUUUUUUUAACAGUUGUACAGUAGUUCAUUCAUUAGUUUGAUGUGCUGAAUAUGUCCUACCUGCACACACCCUGGUACCAUCUUAUCUUGUGUGUAGACACCCUGCACCUUAGCAUUUCAAAUGUUUUUUUUCUGUUUUAAUAAAAACCUAAGAUCACCCUAA